AUGGCUCUGGUACUAAUGGAAGAUGACAGGUCGAAAGACAUGUGUCCGAUCUGUAAAACAGAUAGGUACUUGUCGCCGAACAUGACGUUUCUCAUCAAUCCUGAGUGCUACCACAAAAUUUGUGAAUCUUGUGUGGAUCGUAUCUUCUCUCUUGGACCAGCUCAAUGUCCCUAUCCAAAAUGUACGAAGAUGUUAAGAAAGAAUCGCUUCAAGAAACAAGUCUUUGAGGAUAUCAAGAUUGAGCGAGAGAUUGACUUGCGUAAGCGUAUCCAGAGCAUCUACAACAAGACUCAAGAUGACUUUGAAUCUUUGAAAGACUACAAUGCUUAUCUCGAACAUGUGGAGAACCUCGUCUUCAACUUGAGCGAGGGAGUCGACGUUGAGAAAACACAAAAGGAAGUGGAACAGUAUGAGGCAGAACACAAGAUUGAAAUCUUGGAGAUUGCCAUGAGAGAAAGUCAGAAGGACGCUGACCUCGCAAAGUAUCAGGAGGCAACGGAGAGAUUAAGACAAGAGAAGCUCAAGAUCCAAAGGCAGAUGGAGGCUGAGGAUGUUGAGUUCCAGCAACAACAGAAGGUGGAGUUGAUGGAGAAACUCUCAGCAUCUAAUGCCAAUGCAGAGGAAAUCAUGAAACAGCAGAAGAAUCUACAAAUCAAGAGAUCAUCUCAAAGAAAACGACAACUCCAGCAGAUUACAAACAACUUGGACAAACAAUUUCAUUCUGGUGCUGGUCUCAAGCAAGGAAAGGGCGACGAAGUUGUCAAGAAGGCUCCGUUCACUCCAUUCCUUGGAGACAGAGAUUUGCGUAAGGGUUAUACAUUCUUGGGUCGGAGUGGAAACGACAACGUGGACAUCUCUGACACUUACUAUGAUCCAUUUGUCAACAGGUUGGCCCAAAACAAGGAGUUCUUGGGUGGAGGUUGGAGACUCGAGAAUGUGUUUGAGCGUGCACUCGAUGAGGCCUUUUUAGGUCUCAAUUGUAUUAUAGAGAACGAGAAGGCUGCUGCUAGGUAG